GCUGUGUCCGGCUCACACCCUGGUUCCGAGCCAGAGAGGGAGGGAGGGGAGGUCUUCAGUUCCUGCCGAUUUCUAGGAGGGGAUUGGGGAGUAGGCCUAUCCUACCAGAGGUCUAAGAAUUGAUAGGUGGUCGCGUCGUGGUUUGGCGCACUGGAUAUGCGCACCAAGCAAUACGGAGGAACCCGAUUUCAUAUUUGAUUCCAUAUAUUUCUGCUUCUACUUCUUCUUAUUUUUCUUAUUUUUCUUCUUCAUCUUCUCCUUCUGGGAUUACCGCCAGCGAUGGCAGGCAGCAGAGGAAGGAGGAGCAGAGGCUGUGCUGAUAGACAGCUGAGGUUCGGCUGGGAUCUUUGAGCAACCAGUGAGUCGCGGCGGGGACACGAGACUCCGAUUCCACUCACGUGUUGCUAUCGCAUUAUUUCAGUCAUACAAAUCCGACAUUGAUAUUUUAAUAUAUUUGUCGUUAAAUGCAUCCUUGUAGUGGCCUGACUGCUUAGUGUAUGGGAGAGCGAGAGAAAGAGGAGAGCGAGGGAGCGAGAGAGCAAUAGAGCAAUAGAGCAAUAGAGCAAUAGAGCAAUAGAGCAAUAGAGCAAUAGAGCCAGAGAGAGAGAGAGAGAGAGAGAGAGAGAGAGAGAGAGAGAGAGAGAGAGAGAGAGAGAGAGAGAGAGAGAGAGAGAGAGAGAGAGAGAGAGAGAGAGAGAGAGAGAGCGAGAGAGCGCGAGAGAGACAGAGGGAGAGCGAGAUCAUGACGACGGCGAGCCCCCAGCAACAUCUGGACCCAGCGGCGGCAGCAGCACCUAACCCUAUGGACACAGACAUGCUGGGGGGGAUGGAGAGCUCACCCGACGCGUCAACCAAAGUGAAACCCAAAGGGACCUCCGGCAUGAGACGUACCGAGAAGCCUCCUUACUCCUACAUCGCCCUGAUAGUGAUGGCCAUCCAGAGCUCACCCACCAAGAGACUCACCCUGAGCGAGAUCUACCAGUUCCUGCAGGCCCGCUUUCCCUUCUUCAGGGGGUCGUACCAGGGCUGGAAGAACUCAGUGAGACACAACCUCUCCCUGAACGAGUGCUUCAUGAAGCUUCCCAAAGGUCUCGGCCGACCAGGCAAGGGGCACUACUGGACCAUCGAUCCGGGCAGCGAGUUUAUGUUUGAGGAGGGCUCGUUUCGACGCAGGCCUCGCGGAUUCCGCAGGAAGUGCCAGGCUUUGAAGCCCAUGUACCGGAUGAUGAACAGCUUCGGGUUCGGGCCACCCAUGCUGCAGCAAAACUUUGAUUUCCAGUCGACGUCUGCUGCGUCGUUGCCCUGUCACGCCAACGGUUACAACAUUGACUUCAUGGGGAACACGGUGCCAGGCAACUUCGAGGGGCUAGGAGGGGGGCAUCAUGUCGCACACAUGUCACAGAGCCCCGGGUCAUCGUAUAUGAGUUCAUGCCAGGCCAACUCAAACCCGGAUUAUUGCCCCGAGAACAGUAAUAGCCCAUUGCAAUCGUCCCCUGGAAUGGUGGCAUCUCUGGACUGUCAGUCACCCUAUGCCAACAGCAACUCGCAUUGGGCAGCAUCGGCUUCUGUCCCCACGUAUAUCAAAUCGCAAUCGAUGGCCUCGAAUGCCUCCACGUAUUCCGCCCUGCAUCACUCGGGGAUGUCGCCUUACUCUCUCGACCAGGGCUAUCUUCAUCACGGGGGACGGGAUGGUGCUGACAUGUCAGUGGGACUAUCUCGGUACUCAAGCCAUUCAGCACCAGGGUGCGACAGAAAGGACUUUGUUUUGAACCUCAACGGGAUAUCCUCCUUCCAUCCCAGUACCAGUGGCUCUUACUACCACCAGUACCCCCAUCAUCACCAGUAUCAAGACGUGAAGCCCUGCCUGAUGUGACCCCAGAGCACUGACCCAACUUUCGUUCCCAAAUUAACGAAAUCCUCAGACUCAUUAUAUUAUAUAAGUGGCUUGGCAUGAAUUUCUCUUCAGUGUUGGUAUUUCCGAGUGAAUUACAAUUUGUCAAUGUUUGUAUUCAACGCUAUAAAUCCACGGUUGCAUACAUUUAGGUCAAGUAUGUAUUAUGUUCAAGCACUUAUUUCUGUUUGAUGUUCCGUAACAAUCAAAUAAAGAUAUUUAUUUGUA